UCUUUGGCGUGAUUGAUGAUGGGUUCAGACAAGCCAGGUGAUAAGGGCGGAACAGGACUUGCGUGCGUGGGUUUAAAAGAUCGUUUCUGCAUUCAUUCACAUUUAUUGUUGUUAUUUCAACCAUGGAGCUGAAAGCAACAUCUCUCCUGCUGCUCAUGUGUGUCGGCAUCAUCAUCCUCACCAGCAAUGAAGCUGGUGCCAUUCCCAGGUGCUGUUUGACUGCUACCAAGAGGAUCCCACGGGAGGUCCUGCGAGCCGUCACCACAUACGAGACCCAGAGCAAGUCUGGACGCUGUGAGAUUGAUGCACUGAUAUUACACAUCAGAAACAGCAAGAAAUUUCUCUGUGCUCAUCCCAAACUGGGGAAAGUCUUGAAGAAGCUCAAGAAGAAACCCAAGCUGGCGUAAAUAAUCGAGGAAUGAUGGGUGGAGCUUCAUCCCCCAACCACACCCUAACCACACUUAUAACCCCAUCUCUCCACGCAUUAAACAGUUAAGCUCCACCUUUGAGCUCCAGAGAGGUGGAGCUGGAGGUCAUUCGGCUCUGCAGAACCACUUGUUUUUAGCUGACAGAUCCAGAUAUUAUGAACUACAAUAUACUGUAUAUAUUACUUGUAUGCUCUUCUUUUUAAUUAAAUAAAAUCAUUUUUUUUAAAGUUU